AGAAGUGCGAGGCGGUAGGGUCGCGCGCGAACAUAAUAAGUAUAAUGAUAACAAGAUAGUUUUUUUGGAUAAACUUUGAUUAGCUUUUUCACUGACUUUGAUUAGCUUUUUCGUCGAACGAUUAUGCAAUCUAGGUGUGUAGUGCCUAAGUAUAUGAAAUACAGAGUCGAAACAUGAAUUUUACGCGACAAGAGCCUGUUUUCGACGUACACCGACGUGGCCACAAUAAGCUCGUAAAACUGUAGUAAGAAAGCUACGACAUCAACGACGCUGAAGUGCAAUUGGAUGAUGUCGGAGGAGACCAGUUCUUUGAUGUGGUCCUUGAUUUCCCAUCUCAGAGCCUCCUUAGAAACCUUUUCUUCCUUGUUGUGGUUUACUAAAAACCUUUCUCUGCUCGCUGUGCGUAGCAAUAAAGUGGUCACGUUGUUGCUACUUUCUAUUGAUGACGCAGUUUGUAAACUUGAUAGAAAAUAUGACAGCGAAACACGAACAAAUGGCCGCGCAAGCGGCUGGGAAUGUUCGCAAUCUUUGGAAUGACGCAUGAGGGCGAGAGAAACGGCUUGGGGUGCAACCAAGACUGGUCGGCAAAUCAAAAA